AUGUCCUUUUAUCAUGAUGCCGUCUUCGCUAAGCGGCCUGCUGCUUUUAAUUACUGGCACUGCGACGGCAAUAUCGUUUCCAGAAUCAAGAGCUAUCUCACCAUCGGAUUUCAUAGAAAGGACUCCAGAGUGCUCAAAUGUGGCAAUGAUACGUUAGCAGACUGUGUCUGCAUAAAUGUGUCGCUUCAAGCCCGUGCCUCGGAAUGCGUACAGACGUCCUGCGACUUCAACGAGCAAAUUCGUAAGUUUGAAAAUGAGUUGGCUUCUCUUUUCUAUACUACGCAAGUAAAAAAACUGACUUACCUUUGCUCCGCCGAGUUAGUUACCGCUCAAGCAUCGCGAGAAUUUUGUCUUGGGUAUCCGAUUCCCGAACAGCGUCGUGAUUUCUGCCGAGUAUUCUUCGUCGCUCUUCCUGCAGUAACAGCUAUUGUCGUCGUCCUCAGAUGCGUGGCAAGGAGGAUGGCCAAAAUCAAGCUUUGGUGGGAUGACUGGACGGCGUUGAUUGCUUUGGUAAGUUGUCCGGAUGCAUGUUACGCAUUGAACAGCGAGGAGUUCAAUAUUGACAAAGUUAAUGUUGAGCUCGGAUUCGGCCUCCACUACUGGCACGUAGAACCGGGAAACGCGAAGCCUAUUCUUCAGGUUGGUAGUCCCUUAUCUUUUCUUCGUAUAACUGUCAUUAACAUUUGUACAAAGCUGUUCUACGCAACGCAGACGUUCUAUGUCAUGAAGCAAGUCGCAGCGAAAGCUUCCAUCUGCGCUUUGUAUCUACGCAUCUUCGUGACUCGUUGGUCCCGUAUGGUUGUUAUCGGCCUUCUGGUGUCCCUUGUUUUUCAACAUUUCUUGUUCUUGUUCCUAGUUUUGUUUCAAUGCACUCCAAUUCGAAUGAUAUGGGAUCGGUCGGUCGCCGGUUCUUGUCUCAAUAUCACGACCAUUGGUUAUGCAGGGGCAGCUCUCACCCUCACUUAUGACUUCAUCCUCAUUAUUCUGCCAAUGCCGCAACUACUGAAGCUGAAUAUCAGGAAGCGCAAGAAAACGGUUCCGAUCUUGUUGUUAACUUUGGGCUCGUUUGCGUGCAUCGCAAGCAUGAUUCGUCUUAAGUUCUUGGUUUCAUUUUCCAAUACUUUCGAUGCGACCUGGGACAACGUCGAAAUCGUCAUCUGGUCUACGCUUGAGAUUAAUAUGGCGAUGAUUUGCGGCAGCCUUCCAGCGUUGCGGCCACUGUUUCAAAAAGCGAAGGAUGUGACGGGGCAGUUCAAUCAUCGGGCGCACAACAGAUCCGUUACAGAGCACGAGGAUCAGGUGAACUUGGCCCAACUUACCCCGACUUAG